UGUUCAAGGCCAGGAGAAAUUUUUUCUUUAGAAUGGUUGAUAUCUGUUGAGUUACUGAGAUAGAAGUCCUAAAUUGAACAAUCUCUCCUAUCCAGGGCGGCAACGCCCAUCACGAGAAUCAUUGCCCAAGUAGAAUGCAACGUUAUUCUAGCACUUCUUCCAAAUGUAGCCUGAAUUAGAUAGACUAACCCUGCAUUUGCUGUUGAAUUUCUGUUUAAAAGCGUGGCUCCUCAGCGGACUUCACAAUGCCGGCACACAACGAACAUUAUAACAACAACUUCAAGAAACUAUUAAGACCCUCUAAUGAGUUCUCCUAACAUCACAACUAUAUAUUGGCUACCUACCGCCGGCUGCCCACAUAUGUCCGCCUAUCCCAAGUUUUGCUGCGAGCAUGUUAACUCCAUCAGGCGAGUAUGUUCACUCCAAACGACCCCAAAGCCAGAGCUUUCCAGGCAAACAACUUUCUCGUUCUCAACGGCAUCUUCAACUUCAAAAUCGAGAUGCCAAAUACAGGGCACAUAGUGCAGACAGCCAAAGAAUAUCUAAAAGAAAAUCCAGGGACGGUAUAGAGCAUCAAGCGUCUAGAGCCCUCCGGUCUUCAGGGUAUUACGGCCGAAGGAAUUGGUCCCCGUGUAACUCCAACACCGCCGUUUUCAAUCGUUCCCGAUGUAGCAUAACUAAACAACACCAAAAUCGCGUCGAAGAAUCUGGACAAGUAUGGCCUCAAACAAAUACCGAGGACACAAACAUACAAACUGACGCCUCGCCCUCAUCCACGUCAGAGCCGGCGUCAUACAGCUCACGUGAGCAAUACCACACAGCUGCCUCAACCUCACUGUCAGAUGUCAAUACCAAUGAACAACUCCUAGAUUGCGUCCUAGAUGCCAAUAUCGUCGAUACCGCCUACCUCACCCCUGGAGCACCCUCAAGCGAACGAACACAACAAGAUCUCGGAAGCGAUGACACCCCAGGGGUACCCGAAGACGGCGAGCAGGCGGCGGCAGCAUCGCAAAAGCACCCCGACACCGAAUACCACGCCAACCUUUUCGCCGCUCCCGAAGAUUCCCGAUACCUCUUCGAGGAAUAUUAUAAACAGACUUACGGGGAGAUCGGAAAAGAGACGGAGAGCCGCACUGAUGCCUACUGGAAAUGGGAUCAGAAGAGGCAUCAAUGGUUCCAUGAAGAUCCGGAUACGCACUCCGUAGUGUGGUUCUUGGGGUGAUGUGUCUUGCACCUGCUCUCAUGACUUGAAUAGUACAUCGCUAAGGGCUCGGAUAAUGUCGUCUCAACCUUGUAAAUGGUAACCUCUUCUCUGCAGAUAAACUUUAUAGGCUCUGAAUAUAUGUGUGCACAUUCUGUUCUUCUAUUACACAUCCGACUACUCCUGAGGUUAAGACUAGUCGUUUCACAUCCCAUCAUACCAAUCUUCAUGAGUCCCGGCCUUGUGACCCUAGUUAGUGAGUGACGACCAUACGAAUUCCUAUUAUCUUGUACUAGACGAUGCUGAACCUGCGGGGCCAAGGCCCCCUUUCACAACACCAAAUAAGCUACUCCCUCCCCAGAAUAUUCAUGUUAUCACCGUUCGACAAUUAUGAAGCUUAAAUCCUGCUGAAGUAGAGGAAACUCGUAGAUUGAUUCGGCAUUUUCACGUAGAGAGCUACAUAGAUAAUAGAAAGUAAUUCAAUUCUUCCCUCUA